GCUGCUGAGAAUAACGGGAUAGCAACCUAGUCACUAUUAGGAAGUCAUUCGAGAGCGUAGCAUAAAAAAUAUAUUUUCCUGAAAAUGGCCCACCAAAUCAAACCGCAUAAAAAAGAAGUGGCAGAUCUCUUGAAAAAGACAUUUACUAGCCCUAUCCGUAAUCCGACUGUAGAAAUCGACGGAUGUACCCUUCCGCAGAAUAUAAUGAUGGAUGAGAUCGAUAACUUCGAAGUUUUUGACGACGACGUUUGGGUGUGCAGUUUCCCAAAAUCGGGUACAACGUGGACGGUGGAGACUGUUUGGUGUAUCGCUAAUGACUGUGACUUUGAGGGGGCCAAAAGAUCCAUUCACGAAAGGUUUCCUCACAUAGAAGUGUCUUCCAUAUUCAACUUCGAUGAAAUCAGUCGACAGCCUGACACUGGGUUCACCUUUUCGACGAUGUUCUCAGAUAGCCUUAAUUUCACCCGUAACUUAUCGAGGCCAAGAUUCAUCAGGACCCACCUUCCAUAUCAUCUACUACCGCGACAAAUACGAACUGGAGAAAAAAAGCCGAAGAUAAUAUGCGUCGCUCGCAACCCGAAAGAUAAUUGUAUCUCCUACUUUCAUCAGUGCACAUCGAUAGAAGGGUUUACAGGAACUCUUGAUGAGUUCACCACGCUGUUUCUUGAGAAUGCAGUUCUCUUUGCGCCGUUUUGGAAACAUGUUCAAGGUUACUGGGAAAAGAGGAACGAUGACAACUUGCUUUACUUCACAUUCGAAAACAUGAAACAAGAUUUUCCAUCAGUCCUACGAAAAAUCGGGAAGUUCUUGAACAAAGACCUGACAGAUGAUCAAGUGUCCAGUCUUCUUGAGCAUCUAAAUUUCAAAACUCUGAAAACCAAUUCUGCCGUGAAUAAUGAAGACACCGUUGAGGUAUUUCGAAAACUAUACAAACGUCAAGACACGAGUUCAUUCAUUCGAAACGGAACUACCGGCCAGUGGAAAACUGUAAUGACGCCCGAAAUGAAUCAACAAUUUGAUGAUUGGAUUCGCGAAAAUUCGAACGGAGUUCAAAUGUCAUAUUAAAAAAAAGAGCGUACUCGUACUUUGAGAUAUAUGGAAAUGUUGAUCUAUAUUUUACUAUACUGGAAUAAUGUCAUGCAUGUGGUGUAAAAAAUUCCAAAUUAUAGCGACGAGUCUCGUUCUUUGAAGUCAUGAAAGUCUUUAUCUUUUCAUCCGCGAAUUUUUUACAUACAUUUUAUAAAUUUAUAAAAAAAUAUGAUUGUACUUCUUAAAGUAGAGGGGAAAAUGGGUGUAGGAUAAUGUAUUUUGGGUAAUUUUCAUGAAUUUUUUCAACAGACAAGGAAUAAUAUAUAUAUUUUAUUGAAAUCUUGGGGUUAUUUUAUCAAUAUGUUUAAGAAUAUUUUCUGAAAUUCGCCAAAAUUUAGGGGAACGUGGGACGAAAAGGGGUACUUGAGGAACGCGCAAAUUUGGCGAAACUUAAAUUUGACGGGAAAUCCUUAUUCUAUUCGUAUUUGAAGGAAAUAACCAAGUUUUUCAAUUUCGGAAAAAAAAAAGAUUUUGGGGUGAGCCGGGGUACCCUCCAAAACAGUGACGAAAAAUAAAAUGUGAUUGUCUGUUGUUAAGAAACUUGAAAACUGUAUUUUUAGUCAAUUUGUUUAAAUAAAUAAUCAAUUGUUACCAUAAA